UUUCAUGCCUCUGUAUAUCCCUACGCAAAAGCUAUUUUCACGAAAUAGUGUAAUGGUGUAUGAUCAAGUAAUUUAUAGUUAUUAACUAUUUAAUGUAUGAUACAUAAUGUGUGUGUAUACAAUGGGGACUAUACAUGGCUUCCAUAGAAUUUACUGGGGUUAAUGUGUGAAGAACUAUUUGUUUUUGCGUAUUAGUAUCAAUGUUUUGGAAGUGCUGUUAGGUCAUGUAAUCAAUCGGCAAAGCAGAAGACGCAGUGUACGGUGCCAAAUUGAAUGAGGCAUGGGUCAAACGUUAUCAGAACCAGUGACUACCAAAGAAACAUCUAAAUGUGAAAACAGUUAUGCCAAAGUCGCCUCAUCAUGCAUGCAGGGAUGGCGGAUCAACAUGGAAGAUGCCCACAUCCAUCUCUUGUCACUGCCAGGAGACAAGGAUUCCUGCUUCUUUGGGGUGUUCGAUGGACAUGGAGGAGUGAAAGUGGCUCAGUAUGCAGGCAUAAACCUCCACAAGAAGAUACUAGCACAAUCAACAUAUGCUCAGGGUAAUGUAGCAGAAGCUUUGCGGUCAGGCUUCCUCUCACUAGAUGAAGAAAUGAUGAAAGAUGAAACUAUGAAAGAUGAGCUAGCUGGGACCACAGCUGUUGUAGCCUUGAUAAAGAACAACAAGAUCUAUUGUGCCAAUGUUGGGGAUUCCCGAGCAGUUGCUAGUGUUGGUGGGGAGGUGGAACAACUGUCUUUUGAUCACAAGCCAGGGAAUGAACAAGAAACUCGCAGGAUCAUUGCAGCUGGAGGAUGGGUAGAGUUUAACAGAGUCAAUGGGAAUUUAGCUUUGUCAAGAGCACUAGGUGAUUUUGUGUUUAAGAAGAAUGACAAGAAGCGAGCAGAAGAACAGAUAGUCACAGCCAAUCCUGAUAUCAUAGAGAAGAUGAUUACCAAAGAUCAUGAAUUCCUUGUAUUGGCCUGUGAUGGCAUCUGGGACGUACUGACAAAUCAGGAAGUUGUUGACUUUGUACGCGGCAGGAUAGCACAGGGAAUGGAGCCAGAAAUUAUAUGUGAAGAGUUGAUGACACGCUGCCUGGCCCCGGACUGUCAGAUGGGUGGGCUUGGAUGUGACAAUAUGACUGUUGUGUUGGUGUGUUUCCUCAUGGGAGGAACAUACGAGGACUUGGUGAGGAAAUGUAAUCAACCAAGUAGGAACGGUCCAGCAUCACAUCUCAGGGACUAUCAUGGAGUAGAUCUUAAAUAAUGUUGUCCACAGCAUGCUGCCAUGACAAGGACCUGAUGGUCUGGAUGUUUGCCUGGUUCACACGAAGUCCUGCUGAUCAUACACAACAUUGUGGACACAGUAAAGACGUGAUGCCUCUAUACCCUCAACCCUUUCUACCUGUUGUGCCAGUGCUCUACACUUCAAGGUUUCUCAUGCCUACCAUGUUAAUUGUUACAGUAAAUAUGUAUAGGAACCAUUAAUGAUAUGUCAGUUCAAAAUAAGCUUUUCUGUUUCAUUAUGCUUCCAAUAUUUCACAUUUGAACAAGCAUAUAUGGAUGAUAAGUGCUGAUUUAUUUUGUCGGUUUUUUUCUGUUGACAACUACAACCAAAGAAUUUUGUCACAACCUGACUUAAGGACAAUAGUGGCUACAAUUAAAUCAGUUUUAUACAAAAUCUAUUUUCAGAAAUAUUUCCAAAGCAUUUGAAUUAGAAAUUCGUAGUUAUUAUUGAAUAGCAAAUGUUGGAAUGUCAGUAUUUACAAGUUGUAUAACUACAAAUGAUGUGAUGCAAGAUUAGAAGAAACACUGACAGAUCAGUAAUAUCUUUGAAAGUCCAAAUAGCGAAAUGACUGACUUUGAUGAUAAAGUUUCAGUUUUACAGUGUACAAUUUGUAACAGUAGUAUAUACUGUAAUUAUUUUUAAAAUCAAAAAUGAAAAAGGUAGUAUGGCAUCAUGUUGAUGCUAUUUAGCAUUGGUACAAAAGGUAUAAGAACAUUGCAGGCAAUCUCCCUUGGUACAUGUUAAAGAUGUGACAAUGGCUGGAAUCAGCCAUAUUUUUUGUUUAAAUUAGUGUUCCUUUAACAAAACAAAACACACACAUCAAUAUUGAAAGAAUUUCAAGUUUAGUAUUGAUGUCAUUUAGCAAAACGUAAGAAGAAAAAUCUUUGUCUUCAAUAUGGACUUUUCUAAUGCUUAAUUUCAAGUAUUAACAAGUCCUUUUUAUGUGCUCAUAUUUGAAACCUAUACAUACAUCAUUUAACUUUGUUUGGUCUAUGUAUUUUGUGCAGUAUUGUUACAUUGUCCUGUUACCUCUUCACAAUGUCACAUGGUGUUACAUUUGUUCAAAGAGGGAUCUCCUGUUUCUUGGAUUCAGAAGAGUAAGAACCAAUUCAUAAAUCUGUUGCAUUUCAGUUUAUCAAAAACAGUUUACAUAAGUUCUGGUUUUGUUUCUGUUUUAGUGUACAACCAUUUUAGUGUCACUUUUAACAGCUGUCAAAUGCUGGAUGUUACUGGUAUAGCUGGAGUCUGCAUACACUACAUCAGUGAAGAGAAACAAACCCUCUUUGUGUGGCCUUAUAGAGAACGUCUCAUUACCAAUAUACUCUAAGUAUUUAUAUGUUAAGUUUCUCUAUAACUUCCACAUUGUAUAUACUCUGCUCUAGAUAUCUAUCUUGUCACGGUCUUUUCACAGCCUUUGGAUGUGUCAUGACAGUAAAAAAACCUUUUUGGUGUACAGUUCAUCAUCACCAUCUUCAUCAUCGUACGAUGUAUCAUGUCAUUCUUUGUGGUUUUGUUAUCAGAUUGUAAAAAUGUGUGUGGUAUUUCAUUGAACAAGGAUAUUACUUGUAUAAAACGUAUUUUACUUUUAAAGAUGAAUUCAACCUUGAAUUAAGGUUCUUAGAUUACCAUUAUGAAACAUGUCAAAUACAUGAAGCAAACUAUAGGGAAUUAUAACAUUUUUGAAGUCACAGUUUCUUUUAGAGAAAUUUAAUUGGAGCUUAUGUUCUGCUUUAGGCAGUGUUAAAGUGGUGAUGUUGCAUCGACUUUUGUCAAAAAAUGUCUUUGGAGUUUAGAGAUCAGAUCUAACCAACAUGUAUACAAAAACGAAUAUACAUGACAGGGGCAUUCAUUUAAUGUAGAUUAUUGUUUAGAAAAAGAAGAUCUUAAAAUGAUGCAUUUAUUUCUUUUCACUUUGAGUUUGAUAGGCUACUGCAACGGUAUGUAUGUCUCUUUUCAUGUCAGAGAGCAAGCAUGUACACAUGAAUAUUUGAAAGGACAAUAUAUAUAUAUUCAGCAAUAUAAAGUUAUUUCACUGGUUAAUAAAUGGAUAUAAGGCAAGACAAAAAUUCAAAUGUAAAUGUUUUGAUUAUUUAUUUGUGCUUUUAAAUCACCAUUAUCACAAUAUUUACUAUGAUAAAUAAAGUUAAGAACUGUUGCAAAUUUGAGGCUUUCUACACAUCUAAAAUCUGUGCAUGGUGAUGAUGCCUUGUUCCUGCUCUAAAUCCAUACUGUCAUAUGAUUACCACAUGUGAACAUCCAUAAGUAUAGGUGUUGAUGCAUCACCACAUUUUCUGUGAGAAUUUCAGUAUCAUAUGUCCAUAUUGUAUCAGGCAGCUAUUUAUAAGGCAAUAACAAAUAUAAUUCUCAUGUCCACUGCAUAGAUUCCACUCUAUAUGCUACUUGACUUAUUCAGAGGAAUAGUCCCAGCCAUUGAUUCAAUGAAUGCUGACUUCACUGUAUGCAUUUAAAAUGUUUUAAAAAAUAUUGUUUUCUUUAAGUUAUUAUGCAUUUUAACACAAGGCCAUGUCAGACAUUUGCUUGGACAUGUUUCAAGUUUUAGAUUUUUCAAGAACAGAUAGAGUAAGUCAAACUCAUUCAUAUUUUCAUUUCAUUUGUUGAUUAUGUCAAUUAAACAAAACCAUUGACACUGACAUGCAGCUGAAAUUGUUAUUCUCAGGUGACUUUCAUUUUCAGAAAAAGAUAAGUUUAUGUAUAUUCUUAUCUUAUGACCAUUAUGACUCAACAUCAUGAAAUUCUGGUGUUGACAAAUCCUGCUGUUCUGUAUAUGUGCAACUGGGACAUAAACUACGGUGGAAGCUUGUUCAUAUUGCAGAACUUUUCUCUUAUAAAAGUCACAUUGUUAGUGCUUUUAGUCACCAAAACUUGCAGUGUAUUUGUAAUGUGUUCAAUGAUUCUUAUUUAUAGCAAUAUGAAUUGGGAGUACUCAAUGAUCAAUAUAGAUGGACUGUCAUGUUCAGGAUCAGUUUUGCAACUGUAUUGGAGGUGAUACUGGUAGCCUGAACUGCACACUGAUCAUGAUUCAUAGACAAGAGAAAUUUGACAAUGAAUCCUUGAUAUGUUGUAACAAUUUGGAUGAGCAAUGAAAAUAAGAUUGUAUCAUACCUGUGGCUUAGUGCUUCCUUCUGUGUUUGCAAUAUCAAAAUACAGUGGAACCUUGGUGACUCAAACUCAUUACUCUCUUUAGUACUUCAAAGGAUGCUGAUUCAUGGUACCAGCACAAUUGUUCUAUAUCAAUAUUAUCCUGAUGAAGUCACAAUUACAUGUUCGAAUUAUUAAUCAAAACAGCCAAUGUGUAGUACCAUGUUUUCGGGUCCUCUGUAUCAAUAUACAUGGUAAUUUAACCUCACUACCCCAAAGGAUCCACUCUGACAGCGAGUACUUGCAGCAGUGAUGGGGCCACUCAGAGACUGCCCCUUGCCAGCUUCCUUCAUUCAGUUGAGAUUGCUGUGUGAUUUCAGUUUCAGUAAAGUUGCUAAUCAGUUCAGGGGAUUUAAUACAAAUCUAACUGGACCCAACAAGUUAAUUCCCCUUGUAGUAUGAAUACCACUGAUUAUUUUUCUGAAUAAUAUCAGUUGUUAGUGCAUUAAGAAAUGAUACCACAUUCCUUACAUAUUUUAGAAUAUCUGUGGGUGGUUAUUUUGGGAUUGUCAUGCUUUGAUUAUGGUCUCUUUGGGAGAAUUGAUAAUCAAGUCAAACAUUGUUAUAUUAGGGUCACGUGUGGCCCAGUCAUCUGAGGUAUAGCAAUUUGCUGUGCACUGUUGUGUUUAAGCAUGUGCCAUGGUCCUAUGAUAAUGGUUUUGAAUCUCAGAUUCAUUGUGAUUAUGAUCCUAGGUUUUACCAUACAUGUGCUCAUGUUAGACCAAAGUGGUCCAAGAUCUGCAUCACACAGAGCCUUCCUCAUAUAAAGCUGACAUGUCGUGAUAUAACUGACAUCCUGUUCAAAGCAGUGUUACAACCAACUCACACAUUGUUAUUUGGUUGUUCACAUACUUGAUUCAGUGAGCUGGAGUUCAUGCCGCUGUUAGCAGUAUUCCAGCAGUAUCACGACAGGGCACACCUGACCUAGGCUUCACACAUUGUACCCAUGUGGGGAAAUGAACCAGGGUCUUCAGCGUAUUUAACCACUAUUCUACCCCACAUACUUGACCCCACAUACUUUGACAACCCAUCUCUCCCUCUAAAUAACUGGAUGUAUCUCCAACUGUCUCCAGAAAGUGGAGUUACCAAGUUUUCACUGUACAUGGUCCUUAUGGAUAUGGUACAUCUACAAAUGUCAGAUACAACACAUAAAGAGCCAUUUCUAGAAAUGCCACCCACUAUCAGUAUUCUGUUUAUGAAAUAUUAGUUGUCAUAUAUAAGAAUUGAUGGUCAAUUUUGUUUGUAUAUGCGCCGUUAGACAUGUCUAUAUGGAGUUUGAAGUAGAACAUGCUUUGUAAUAUGCAACUGUAUCAUAAAUGUUUUUAGAGGUCAGAAAAAGUGAUUAGAAUGUUUUGCUAGUCAAGUAUAUUGUUAUGCAAGUUGUUUCCUGAAGAAUCUCUGUCAUAGAGAAUAUAUCCAGAAAUACUAGUCCCUUAUGAGUAUAUUUUCAAGAAUUCCUAUUCCAUGCUGUAUGCCAGUCCCCACAUUAUUUUGGCUUCACUGGUAUACAGUAGAUAUUCUCUGCUAUGUGAAACAAUGUUUAUUCUUACAUUAUGUUAGUAGUUUUCUUCAAUUCUAACCAAGCGUAUUUACGUACAUGUCACUAAGCGAACCAUCAUCUACUAAGUGGCAUGUAGAAACUGUAGUAUCAAAGAACACAGGAUUGACUUGUGGAUUUCAGCGUCUUUAUUCUUUUAAUGCUAUGUUUCGGUACAGAUGCUAGUACCUUUAUCAGGCAAGAUAUUCCUGUAUCGAGACAUCACCCAAAAAAAUAAAUUCAUGGAUCAAUCCUGUCUUUAAAGUACUAUUAAACAUCAAUAAGAUUUUGUUCAGAGCUCAUGUAAGUCCUGUUGUCUUUUUUGUUAUGUGCCGUGUAAAUGUUUAGCUGAACUAGAUGCAAGGUCCAUGGAAGCUGAUGUCAAGGGUGUUGUCUAUCAAUCCAUCUGCAGUCAAUCUUUUUUCUGAACUACAAAGUCAGAGGAGCUGAAAAGUAGUACACAUGAUGUCAUCAUGCUUAUCACUGAACAAGCCCGAACUGAGAGAAAUAAGCUGUGAGGAAUUUUUGUUUUCAUAUUAUAGACAGCUGUUGUGAUGAUGUCAACAUUCCCCAGAUCCAUGUGAGGUAGAAAUUAGUUGAUAGUGAACAAGAAGGUCUUAAUUUUAAUCAUGGCAGCAUUAUUUCAAUUUAGUGGUCAUGAAAAGCAUUAUAAAAAAUGUGUUACAUGUAUGAAGGAAUCUCGAAUCCAUAUAUUUUUGGUGAGCUACAUAACCUUAUAGCCAUUUCCUUGCUACCAUAGAACAUAUGAUCAUGACUUGUGUAUGUCAUUUAUAGUUAACCUAUAAUCAAUCCAAUUAUUCAAAGAGACGAUGUCUUCCUUUCAAUGGAAUUGUGAUACUGAAAUAUUUGCAUUGCAGUAUUUAACCUUUCUGCAGCCAGUAUUGUAUUCACUUUACUUAUUUACUUAUGAAAAUUUCUGUUGAUAUCAUUAACGUUUGUUAGUAGGGUAGUCUUUCCUUGUUGUGAUGUCAAGUUAUACCCACUGAAGAUUGUUAGUGUCAUCGUUGCAUCUAGCUUGUAGCAAUAUGUACUUUACAACUGACAGAAAAUCAGGGAAUUGACCACUGUAAUCCUCUAUAUCACAUUGGUUCAUCCAGUCUCAAGAGCAUGUGUGACCCAUGGUCUGAGGUGCAAAUAUUUGCUGUACAAAGUUGAGACCUUUGCUUGUCAUGUGUUUGAAUCCCAGGUUAACUGGAUAAGGAUCCUUGGUUUGUUAGCACCAAAACAUGCUGUGCUCAUGGCAAGGCUUGUCGAUUUUGCUUAAUCCGACAUUAAGCUGACAUGACUGAAGCUGUGUUUAGCCAUUUCACUCUUUCAGCUUCAGAACUACUUUGCCAGUCAAUGUUGAGUAUGCAUGUUGUUGCAUGCAUGGCAUGUUAAAGCAAUGAAUAUGGUCAAGUAAAAAUUUGGUCUCCCUUGGAAUAGAGGCAUCUCUGUUGAUAAGAUGCUAUUGCAGACAUAUUUUAACACAGCCAGUUUGCCAUCAUCAUAUGCUACUCAACACUUGGUAAGGACCACACCUUUUGACUCAAGAUAACUAUUUUGGCCUUAGCUAAUGUUGAAUAGUGUAGAUUUAAAGCCAUUAAUGGGGAAAGUACUUGUGUGAUUUUUUUACUUUGGACAUUUUUCUGUCUGCAUGUGCAUUUUACACUUUCUACUACCAACAGCUCUCGAUUUCAAAUUUUCAGUAAAUUAUUAUUUUUGAUAACCUUUUCUUGACAUUAGGAUUGUGUAAUCUCUGCGGAAAUGCGGAAAAUCACACUUUUUAAAACAGUAAAAAAAACAGCGUAAAAAUAUAAUCAAAGAUUAUUUUUUACAAUUAUUAGUUGUAGAUAUGUGUACAAAUAAAUGAGUUAGUGAAGUUAAUAGGAAUGUUCAAGAACAUAGAUAUCAGAUACAGUCAACUGGAAGAUAAGCAAUCCCUAAUUAUCUGUCACUUGUAUAAUUUUUGUUAUCUUUGUGUGGUUCGAAACAUUGUUCAAACUGGAAAAUAUCUAAAUAGUACAACUACCAUGACAAAUUCCAUCUUGGGUUCAAGUGCCUUCACAUGAGAACUAUUUUAUAAAAAUAAUGACACUUGUUUAUCCAAUUCUGAAAUUUUUGUUUGUAUAUUUGGCAGACAUCGUGAACUUGGUUCAUGUUUAACAUGUCUUGUUUUCAUCUUUUCUGAACCAAAGGCCUAAAUGAAGUUAUGAUAUUGUCUGUUUGCCUUGUUGUGCUUGAGGAAAGCAACAGCAUCAUUCAUCGAACAGGACAAACGUAUUGUCACCAAAGAUCACACUUAGUAUAUUUCGUGGGUUCAAUAAUAAAUUUUUGAUAUGACACUGUUGAAUUAGACUUUGGUAAGUUGGGUUUAUUUUGUUGUCAAUAAUUCUUUCAAGCCAAAAUAUGAAAGGCUCCAAAUCUUUAAAUAUUAUUGGAUUUAAGAUCUGCAUGAUGUAUUAAAGAAUGGUGAGCUAGAAGAAUCUUUAGUUAAAAUUUCUAAUUAGAAAAGGACAGGUCAUAAAACUUGUUACAUGGAAUUCUAUUUUAUUUCGAUUUUAGUUUUUAAUUAAAUUAAAUUUAUAUCCAAGUCUAAACAGCUAAGACCCAAAUAUAAUAUAUGUGAAAUUUAACCUAUUGCAAUUACCUAUUUUCUGUUAUAUGUAUACUGCUAAGAAAAACAUAAGGGCAGACAGUCCGAUUCUUUGAAUGAAUCGUGUGGGCCAUAACGUUUUUUUACUAUUGUAUGAAGAGAGAUAGUCUUCGGAUAAUGCAUCAGUGUGCAGAUAAUGAAACUUCAUAAAAUAUUUUUACAUCACAGUCUCCAAACUUGCUCCUAUGUUUAUAUUAUGUGUAUUGCAAAACAACUGUGCUCUAUUUAACUAUGAUGUAUUUAUUGGCUUUCUGUGGUUCAACAUCUAAGGGUUUGUUUAUGUUUUUGUUUACCUAUGUCAUAUAAAGUAUGUAGGCAUUGGACUCUACCUUGUAGACAACAUUAUUUUUCAUUCUAUAUAAUUUUAAUAUUGCGAGAGCAGUAUUAUGGGUCAAAUGUUAAACAUGUAUUCACUAUGUAAAUGAUAUAACAGCAGACAUGUUCUCACAAUGUGGAACUUUGGUACAGGAUAAGAAGGAGCUACAGACAACACUCUAAUCACGCUCCCAGGUAAACAGACAUCAUAGACAGUUUGUUAUCAGUGAGAAACAAUGUUUAGUAGGGCAAAGGACUCAGGUCACAUAUAUUGUUUUACACAGCAGAAAAUCAGUUUUGUUUGAUUGAAAAAUCCCCAUACAUCCAUCAGUUAUAGAAUCUAAGAAAUAUAGAAUAAACCAAUAUAUGUAUAUAUGUUAAUUUCCAUGUCCUGUACAUUAGAUGAGCUAAAUAUGAACAUAUUACUUGUUAUGGUUGUUGAUUACCAGUUACACAUUAUGCAUAGUUUGUGCUAAUUUAUGCUAGAGAUAAGGAGAUAAGUGCUGGGGGUACCUCAUGCAACCAUAUGGUACACAGCAACUUAUUUUCACAUGGGGUUUAUUCCAAGUUGAGUGAUAAUAAAUUGUUUUAUAAAAAUAAA